ACUGCAAGUCCAUCGUCACCAUACACCUCACCAGGGAGGAAGAGGACUUCAACUGAGGACUUUGAUACCAUAAAGGAAUUAUAAGGAUAACUGCUGCAUAAAAUUAGGGAAGCUAGCAGGUAAUGGUGGUAGGAUGUCUGAACCAAGGCAGCGCUCUCUGUCCACCUCUGGAGAGUCUCUGUAUCAAGUGCUUGGGCUAGAAAAAGGCUGUACCCAUGAUGACAUCAAGAAGUCCUACAGAAAAUUAGCUCUGAGGUACCACCCGGACAAGAACCCUGACAACCCAGAGACAGCAGAGAAAUUCAAGGAGCUCAACAGCGCUAAUUCCAUUCUGUCAGACGUCACCAAGAGAAACAUUUAUGACAGCUACGGCUCCCUUGGCCUUUAUGUGGCCCAGCAGUUUGGAGAGGAGAAUGUCAACACCUACUUCAUGCUGUCUACCUGGUGGGCUAAGGGUCUCUUUGCCUUGUGUGGCGUGAUAACGGGGUGCUACUUCUGCUGCUGCCUGUGCUGCUGCUGUAACUGCUGCUGUGGAAAGUUGAAGCCCAUGCACCCCGGAGAGGGAACAGACAGCUAUGUCUCCCCUGAAGACCUGGAGGAGGAGAUCCGCCACGACAAGGAGACUGAUGUGGACACUCCGGUUGUGCACCAGCCAACUAAUGCCAGUGAAAAGACACAGUUGAUUGGGGACGGCCACCGAAGCUACACCUGAACCUGGACAUCUACAAACCGUAGAGAGGCACUAGACGACAUAAACACUACACAGUCCAUUGCUGUGUCAAUUACGUCAUUACAUUCUCUGUAAAUAAGUGCUUUUGGUUGUUUUUUUAUUUUUUAUUUUUUAUCUUGAUUUCUGUUUUCAUUGGAGGUAGUUGAUGUCGUUGUUCUCCUGCAAACUAAAUC